CACUUCUCCGUGUCCGAGUUGCCUAGUCGCGGCUACGGCGUCAUGGAGGAGAUCCGGCGGCAAGGCAAGCUGUGCGACGUAACGCUCAAGUUGAAGCUGAGGAUGCUUAGCUGCUUGCAGAAUGGCAGGCCAGAGGAGACCGUGAUGGCUCCUGUGUUCCAGUGGACCUGACCGGCUGUGUUCAGGGCCGUGAAGUGUGCUGCCUCAGCUGUUAAGAGCCAGAUUUUAUUAGCUCAGCCCUGGAGCUGCACUUCAAAUGGUCACUUAAAAGGAAUCGAUUUCUGAGAGAUACAUAUUAAAGUGAUGCACACGUGUCGUAAGCUUAUUUUUCCUGUGCUGAUUUGUAAAAUCUAAAUGUCCUGUAACCUUGACAGAGCUGUUCUGAGGACCAGCAAAACAUACUGUGCUAACCUGUCUUCCCACUAAAGAUUGGGGACCACAAAUUCAGUGCCCACCGGAUCGUCCUAGCGGCCUCAAUCCCGUACUUCCACGCUAUGUUUACAAAUGACAUGAUGGAGUGCAAGCAGGAUGAGAUUGUAAUGCAAGGAAUGGACCCAAGCGCCCUGGAGGCUCUGAUCAACUUUGCUUACAACGGCCACCUUGCCAUUGACCAACAAAAUGUGCAGUCGUUGCUGAUGGGGGCGAGCUUCCUGCAGCUGCAGAGCAUCAAAGACGCCUGCUGCACGUUCCUCCGAGAACGCCUCCACCCCAAAAAUUGCCUGGGUGUACGCCAGUUUGCUGAGACGAUGAUGUGCGCGGUGCUGUACGACGCGGCCAACAGCUUCAUCCACCAGCACUUUGUGGAGGUGUCCAUGUCAGAAGAAUUCCUGGCCCUGCCCUUGGAAGACGUGCUUGAGCUGGUGUCUCGGGAUGAGCUGAAUGUAAAAUCUGAGGAGCAGGUCUUUGAAGCUGCGUUGGCCUGGGUCAGAUACGACCGGGAGCAGAGGGGGCCCUGCCUGCCUGAGCUGCUGUCCAAUAUCCGCCUACCCCUCUGCCGGCCCCAGUUCCUGUCGGACCGUGUGCAGCAGGAUGACAUGGUGCGUUGCUGCCACAAAUGCAGGGACCUGGUAGACGAAGCAAAGGACUAUCACCUCAUGCCAGAGCGCCGGCCCCACCUGCCGGCUUUCAGAACUAGGCCUCGCUGCUGCACAUCCAUCACUGGCCUUAUCUAUGCCGUGGGGGGCCUCAACUCAGCAGCAAAUUUUUAUGCAGGUGAUUCCCUGAAUGUGGUAGAAGUAUUCGACCCCAUCGCCAACCGCUGGGAGAAGUGCCAUCCCAUGACAACAGCCCGCAGCCGUGUCGGUGUGGCUGUGGUGAACGGGCUUCUGUAUGCCAUCGGAGGGUAUGACGGCCAGCUACGGCUGAGCACUGUGGAGGUCUACAACCCAGAGACGGACACAUGGACCAGAGUGGGGAGCAUGAAUAGCAAGAGAAGUGCCAUGGGGACGGUCGUGCUGGACGGGCAGAUCUACGUCUGUGGGGGCUACGAUGGCAACUCUUCUCUCAACUCUGUGGAGACCUACUCACCCGAGACAGACAAGUGGACCGUGGUGACCCCGAUGAGCUCAAGUCGCAGUGCUGCUGGGGUGACGGUGUUUGAGGGCAGGAUAUAUGUGUCGGGUGGCCACGACGGUCUGCAGAUCUUCAACAGUGUGGAACACUACAACCACCACACAGCCACCUGGCAUCCAGCGGCCAGCAUGCUCAACAAGCGUUGCCGGCACGGAGCUGCGUCCCUGGGAAGCAAGAUGUUCGUCUGUGGGGGCUACGACGGCUCGGGCUUCCUCAGUAUCGCUGAGGUGUACAGCUCCGUGGCAGACCAGUGGUGCCUGAUCGUCCCCAUGCACACGCGCCGGAGUCGGGUCUCCCUGGUGGCCAGCUGUGGGCGUCUCUACGCUGUCGGGGGCUAUGAUGGACAGUCAAACCUGAGCUCGGUGGAGAUGUAUGACCCGGAGACGGACCGCUGGACAUUUAUGGCCCCCAUGGCGUGUCACGAGGGAGGGGUUGGCGUGGGCUGCAUCCCCCUCCUCACCAUCUAAGGCAGAGGCAGGGGAUGUGGCGGGGUAGGGAUCUGGUACAGGUACAGGCACUCCCUUCCAGGGACAGGCCCCCUUGGGAGAGGUGGUAGACCAGGGGAUGGGGUAAAUGUGAGCUUGCUGGAGGUACAGCCUUUCCAAGUGCUCACAGCCUCCCUCACUGUGCUGCCCUUGUGACCUUCAAGCCUAGGUCACCAAGAUGCACAGAGUGGGACCGAGCCCCUCCAGGUUCCACAGCUGGUGGCAUGGGACUACUUUGCUGGUCCACGCGUACACAGGCUCCAUCCAGGUCGGCCUCCCACCUGCCACUUGGCGGAAAGCCUGCCAUCUGACGCUCUUCCUCGCCUGCUGUUCUGGCCACGCGGCGGCCAGCUUGCAAUGGGGUAGCUGCAGCGGCCAAGACUGCUGGAAGCUGGGGUGUGGCUAGGGGAGGAAGGACACUCCCCAGGGGCUCUCGUUGCCUGUGGCGGUGCAGCCACAGCAACAUGCCCGUUGCACACAAGCACCUCCCUCUUCCAUCUUAGGGCACAGAGGACUGUGUCUUCAUUGCUGGGUGACCAGGGAGAGCAGAAGCUUUUCCUGAAUUUUGGAAUUUUAACGAGGCCUUUUUCAUCUUGUUCAGGAGAAAUAGAAGGAGAAAAAAGAUACUUGAAAGAAACCGAAAGAUAUUUAAACAACGAAACAGUUGAAAGAAACUGGAAAGAAAAAUACCUUUUUUUAAGUGAACAUUUUUUGCGAGUAGAAGGCAUUAGAAGACACUAAAGGCAAAUGUGAGUUUAAAUGGAAAACUGCCCACCACGAAAAAGGGCGGGCGGCAUCCACUCCCACAUUCGGGUCCCAGGGUCCUGAGGCCUCGCACAGCACUUGGGGUUGCCUCUGAGCCCUCGCGUGUCUGGGGUCAGUACGCUCUCCACUGGUCCUCUAGCAAGGUGCUCAUGGGGUUUGUACUCACACUCACCAUCAGAGGACUUUUUUAAUCGUAGGCUUAGUGAAUCGGCUCAAUUACGGCCACUCUUCUAGGGGAGAGUUUCCAGCUGGUCGCUAGAGGCUCCAGGGUGCCCCUGUGGUCACCUCCCACUGCCACCAUGGCGCUCACUCAGACUCUCCGCCCCUACUUUCAUUCCUCAUAUGACCAGCAAGGAGACAGCAGGUCUGGCCAGAUUCUCGCCCGUCUAUCAUUCUCGGAUAGUUUUCCUCAUUGCGAUACUUCUGGGGCACAUUGACCAUUUGUACCUCUAGAACCUAACCAGGGACUUGGUCCUUCCACCAGCCAUGGCUGGCUUGGUCCAGUAGCCUCGUCUACCCUCCAGUCCACUGCUUCUCCAUCCACUCGCCAAUUCCAGGGGUCUGGCCUCCCUCCAGCCCUUGGCAGACCGACCAGGAAGGUGGACCUUUACACUCAAGUAAAGCUGACUUUAUGGCAAAGAACUAAAGGCCGAAAGAAUCUCUUGCUGCUGCAAAGAACAGAUUUUAUAUUUCUUCUUCUGAUCUUAGCAAAUGACCUCUUGAAGAGACUCCAUGCUCCUUCCUCCUCCUCCCUGAACAGGACCUUGACGUCACACAGCAGGGCCUGAGCAGGAGGACACUUCUGUUACCAGUGCACUGGGCAGUGGGGCUGGGCUUCAGCUGCUGCUGCCAAAACCUGGUUUUCUAAACUGCUUCCAGCACAGACUAAACGAGGACACAGUUCCUUUAAUGCAAGACUGGGUCUUAGGAUCCCAUUCUCUGCCUGGCUGGUCUCCUGUCCCUUGCUGCCUACUAGGGUGGCCUGGAAGCCUGUUCAGAAAGGCACAGUGUGGAUCCUGAGAUGUCUUUUCCACCCCCACACCACAAGGUUUACGAGUGUGUGCAAUCGCCACGUAUCCAGAAGGAUGUACCUUUGUUACCUGCCACUUAGGAGCCGGGCCUCUGCUACAAGCACUUGAAAAUGAUGUUUUUAUUUCAAAAGACCCAACAGUCUGAUGUAGUUUCACCUGGGCUCGUGGUGGAGCCUCAGCAUUUCUCUCUCACUCCCUCUGGGUUUGCCUACAGAAGUAGACUCGGAAGGCGGUUGGGUCUGCGUUUCCUGUUAGAGAGGCGUGUGUCAGUGCUCCUCUUAUUAUCAGAAGCCCUUUUGUGAACUAGAAGCAGUCCUGGCCAUCCCGGAUUGUGGAGGGGUUAAGGAUCAGUCAGUGGGCUAAUGAGGGGGCCUCCCGGGCCCUCAGGAUGCUGGCACGGAUGUUGCCGUUGAGGCUGAUAGAUGAUUUCCCCACCAUCUGCUGCUCUUGUAGUGGCCUUCCUGAGUCCACUCCCACCUCCUGGUGUGGAAGUUAACACUGCUGCACCCGGGGCCAGUGCUUUGAUCUGGGUGGGCUGUGAGCACGAGUGAGCCAACACCAACAUUUUCACACUCUUCCAGCCGUCGCUUCCUCGGUCUGAGGGGGGUGUUUGCAAAUGACUGGGCUGGCUCUUUGGUGUUGGAGCCUUUCCAGUAGCCCUGUGAAAAGAAGAGUCCUCACCCAAGGAUGUUGUGAAAAGCAUGUAACUAGGAGGUAGGAGAGAUGUCAUGCUCAGUGGACCUUGGGGUCCAGCCCAGCUGUGAGCACGGGAUUGCGGCACUCAACGUCCUUGGGCAUUUCCCCUCCUCAGAUAACACACAGAGCCUUCUGGGUUUCACCUGAGAUCAAAGCCAGGAUGGGAGCUGAAGACCAGCCUUUUGGUCACAGAGAUGGAAGUAGGUAGAAAUUCUUCCUGCCCCCCCACCCCCCGGCAGUUUAACCUUUCCCAGAAAAUCUUAUUUCCUUUUAUUUAUAGAACGCAUGUCUUUUGUGUUAAGAAACCAAAGAAAAAUAAAAAGUACACUCCUAAUA